AGAAUCGCAUUAGCCUUGUCUGUCUAGCUAGCAUCACCGCACCGCAGCACCUCUCCUCCGUCAACUCCGCUCACCGGGUCCGCAAUGGUUUCACCGCCAACCCACCCUAGGAGUAGGUACUCAUACCCAACGGCUGUUGGCACCCGCGGGGCCAACGCCGUCUCCGCGCCCUCGCCCGCCGGACCGCCCCGAAACGAAUCCGCUGGCCCGUCGCUCCGCAAUCCGUCCUUUGCGUCCCCACAAAUCGUGCCGAGGUGAAAGAUGGAUGCCAAACAUUCAGGACAUAUCGGGGUUUGAAUGGAAAUACAAACAUUUGAGGCUGGUCAAAUC